AUGUAUGAUGAAGAGGCCUGUUCUGAUGAGAGUGUAUCUGUACAAGUGGGAGCAAAAUUCAUGGCUUCUAAGACAGCUCCACCAGCCCAGACGACCUAUCUCUUUAGUGAAUGUGGGAAAUCAUUUAGGCAUAAGAAUCUCCUCUUUACCCAAAAGAAAGUCCACACUGGAAAAAAGCCAUAUGAGUGUACUGAUAGCAGUAAGUCAUUAAGCAUAAGCUGUAAUCUCAUUGAACUUCAAGAAGUUCAUUCUAGAGGAAAACCUUAUGAGUGUAGUGAAUGUGGAAAAUCUUUUAGGUACAACAGUCAACUCCUUAACCCCCAAAGAGUUCACACUGGUGAUAAGCCGUAUCAAUGUAGUGAAUGUGGGAAGUCUUUCAGUCAAAAUUGUAACCUCAUUCAACACCACAGAGUUCACACUGGAGAAAAGCCAUAUGACUGCAGUUAUUGUGGGAAGUUAUUUAAGCAAAUCACUACUCUCACUGAGCAUCAGAGAGUUCACAGUGGAGAAAAGUCGUAUCAAUGUACUGAUUGUGGGAAGUCAUUUAAGUAA